UGUUUAAAUUUUGACAUUCGUAUUGUUAGUUAAGGUUAUAUUUAUUAUUUUCUCAGCAUAAAAUGGUGUUCCUUUGCGAGAAAUUUCUGUAAAUAACCUUGUGAAAGUUAGGCGUACUUUAUGCCAUUACGGUCAUAUAGUUUUAGUGUUAUACCUAAGAAAUAAACUGGAUAAAUGAGUAUGCCGGCGAACGAUCCCGGUCUGGAGCAUUUCCAGCAGUUUCCGUCGCACAGAAUCAUUGUGAUCCAUCCUGGGUCACUUUAUGUGCGUAUCGGGAGAGCCUCGGACUUGUUACCAGUGAAGCAACUGCAUUGCAUCGCGAGGAAACGCCGUCCGGGCGGCAAGAUUUAUCGAGACCCAUUCGUGCCUCCUAGUGUGCCAAAAACAAAAGAAUUAAUAGAAGAGCUUGAAGAAUGUCGGCUUCAAAUAUCGCAUACACUGCAGUCGUGCAUGCAGUCUAACGGGGCGAGGCGAUACGCGACACCUCCGCAGCAAAUAGCCGCGUUUAACCGCCGGUCCUUACCAGAAUGUGUGAACGACGGCGAACCAUGGCCCCAAGUACAGUGCGAUAUCGUUGUUGGCGACCUAGUGCUAGACAUUGACCCAGAACUACCUUAUAAUGUCCAUUUCCCAUACAGAAGAGGGGAUUUCAAUAUCCAUUCAGAAGUUGGUGGCUCAAUCUCAUCAGUACUUAAUGAUUUGUACACUAUUUGGAGUUCUAUCAUUGAGUUUAAACUAGGAAUACCUUUAAUAGAGCUCAUAAAAUACAGAUGUGUGUUGCUGAUACCUGAUAUUUAUUCCAGGAGUCAUUUGAAGUAUUUAAUGUCAUUGUUACUCAAAGAUUUGGGAUUCGGUCACUGUUUUCUAGUGCAAGAAAGUGUUGGAGCUACUUUUGGAGCUGGUAUAGGAUCUGCAUGUGUAGUGGAUAUAGGAGACCAGAAAACAGCGAUUUCAUGUGUUGAAGACGGCAUCUCUCACAAGACAACAAGACUCAGAAUGGAUUAUGGAUCUGGAGACGUCUGUCAAACACUAUCUUGGCUGUUCCACAAAAGUGCAUUUCCAUACAAAGAUUGGAAUGAGAAUAUUCCAAGAGACGUCAUGUUGAUGCGUACCAUGUAUGAAGAUUUUUGCCAUGUCAACUUGGAUGUGUGUGGGCCGCAAGAAAAGACCUUUUUAGUUGACCAUCCUGGUGAUGUUGUCAAUAAAUAUACCUUACAAGUAGGUGAUGAGUGUAUCAUAUCACCACUGUCGCUGUUUUACACUGAUUUACUCAAAAUAACAGGCCUGAAAGCUACAAAGAUACAGAACAGGCAGGCAAGUGACCCAGAAGAUCCUUUCGAUGCAGAAUUUCUAAGAGAAACAGGGAGAAAACGAGAAGCAGUUGAUACAUCGGCAAAUGACAGCCAGCAGUUGGAACAAGUUAACGAAUCUCAACCCCAACAGAAUCCAGACGAAGAUAUUGUCGUCGACACAUUAGAAGGAGUAACUGGUGACGUUGUUUCGUUAGCACCAGGACAAGUGUUGGCUUUAGACGCAGCAAUAUUACAAAGUAUAGACCGUUGCCCCAGUGAGGAGCUAAAGCGUAAAAUGUACAGCAGCAUUUUAAUUGUUGGUGGAGGGGUAAAAGUACAUGGCCUGAACAUAUGGUUACAAAACCGGCUGGCUUUGCAGAUUCCCUACACAUACAAAACGGAGCAAUUAGAAAUUGUGACGUCCCCAAAAGACAUUGAUCCAGCCAGUACGGUAUGGAAGGGGGCUGCAGUCAUGUCCUGCUUAGAGUCAGCUAUUGAGUUAUGGAUCAAUCAAAGUGAAUGGAACAAGUUUGGCCUUAAGGUCUUAAGAGAAAGAGCUCCAUUUAUUUGGUGACAGUAGGCCUUUUGUCGUGCAGUAGCAGUAACUGUCAGUACUAUUCAGAGGCGGAGGACAGGAGUCCUAGUACGGCUUU